AUUUUACUUUGGAGACCCAGGGUGAACAGAGGCUGCUCCCAUCUCCUACCGGUGAGGCUUGUGUGGGAGGGAGAGGAAUCCCAGUUUGAACUCGCGCCACCCCCAACCGGCCGAGGUCUCUCUUUGGACCUGCUUGGCCCCAAAUGGGAGAAUGCUCGCGCGCAAACGAGCGAGCGAGCGAGGAGCCCUCACAAAACUUACAGCUAUGCCCUUGGCGGAACCUGAUCUGAUCAAUUUCCGGGUCUGCAGCUACGAACGCGCCCGCUCUUGCCUCGCUUGAAAACCCAACCCAACACCAAAAACGUGGCUCGUGGUCUUGCGCGCGCGCGCGCGCCUGCCCGGCUGGCCCUAGCCCGAUUUCGAUUCGAGAUCCUUGUCCCUCUUGCCUGGCCCAAUGACGGACGGCAUCGUCGUCUCGUUCAAGGACGCCGUCCUCCGCUGCAGCGAUGCUCAGACGCUGUGGCCUAGCGAGUGGAUCAGCGACGCCAUCCUUGUCUUUUUCUACGAAGUGCUCGCACAGAGAUACCCUGCCGUGCUCAGGCGUGGCAGAAUCAGUCUGUGGCAGCCCGCCGUAGUGGAAUUGAUGUGUAGCUUAGGAGAGUACGCCGAGGGCGUGCUACCUCCACCCAGCGACAUAGCUUUCUUGCCCAUCUCGGACCGCUACAUGGACCCGUCUUCGAUCUCGACGCACUGGAGUCUGCUCGUCAUUGCGCCGCGAACCGCCUACCACCUCGAUUCGCUCUCGACGAGCAACGAGACGGCCGCGCGCUUCACCUUGGCCCAGUUCCAGGCCUGCUACCGUCCCCCGUCGUCACCCUCAAUGGCCUUUGACGAGGUCGCAAUGCCGCUGCAGAGCAACGCACACGACUGUGGCCUAUACCCAAUCUUUCUCACGCAUACGGUUCUGAAGCUGCAGAACGAGCAAGAGCAACAGUGCGACUUGAAGGAGGCCAUCGAGAGUGCAGCGCAGCGGGCAACACCAGACACAAUCGACAGGCUGCGACGCCAGUGCAACGAGUGGAUAGACCGAUGGGCACUCCUGCUCGAGGAGGCAAAAUUCCCGAUGGAAGAAUGGGACCAGGUGCAGGCCAACAUUGGGAUGUGGGAAGAAGUCAAUGUAAUUUAAUAGUGAUUGUCUGUAAUGCCAGACUCUUUAAGAG